UGCAAAGCAGAUAGCAUCGGCAGCCAUCUCUCUCCACCCUCAGCAUCAUCCACACCAUAGAGAAAGAGAGGGGGAGAGAGAGGGAGGCAGGGAAAAGGCAUGUAACGGAAGCAGGGAGAACGGGAAGAGCGAACAGGAAGCCAAGGAAGGAUAUAGAGAAAGGAAGAGAAGAGAGAAGAGGCUUUGCAGCAGCUGAAGAACGCGCCUGUGAAUCACUCUACAGAGAGAGGGAACGAGAGAGAGAGAGAGACAGACAGACAGACAGAGGGAGGCCAUGACGGUGUUGAGUUAGGGCGUGCUCCACUGGUUGCGAGUGAUAUCGGAGGGCUAGCCCCGCACACGGACCCCUCUGUCUGGGAUGCAAUGGGAGGCGUUUCCCCCCUCUCCAUCUCCUCUCUCUCCUCCGGCUCCUCUCUUCCUCCUCGUGCUGAUCGCUGAGUGAAUUAAUGAAUGAAGCAGGUGGAAGUUGAUCAGGCGGUUUGAGUCCUUCAUGGCUACCAGCACUGCCAGCAAUUCGAACCGGAGCACGCCCACUUGCUCGCCCGUCCUGCGCCAUCGCUCUCGCUCACCCACGCCCCAGCAGAGCUUGGAGCACAGUGGUGAGAACAUGGUGGAGAAGGGCCACUUGGACCCCUCCUCUGACAAGGACAAGUCCCCCUCCACCCCCGAGCAGGUGGUGCAGCGCACCUACAGCCAGUCGGUACACUCCGCCACACGCAGCCACGGGGGCAAGAACUCCAAGAAAAGCCAGAGCUGGUACAACGUAUUGAGUCCCACGUAUAAGCAACGCAAUGAGGACUUCAGAAAACUCUUCAAGCAGCUACCUGACUCAGAACGCCUCAUUGUGGACUACUCCUGUGCCCUGCAAAGAGAUAUCCUGCUGCAGGGGCGCCUCUACGUCUCGGAAAACUGGAUCUGUUUCUAUAGCAACAUCUUCCGCUGGGAAACGUUGCUGACAGUGCGGCUAAAGGAUAUCUGCAGCAUGACCAAGGAGAAGACGGCCCGCCUCAUUCCCAACGCUAUCCAGCUGUGCACUGACAAUGACAAGCACUUUUUCACCUCGUUCGGAGCGAGGGACCGGACAUACAUGAUGAUGUUCAGACUAUGGCAGAAUGCUCUGCUAGAAAAGCCCCUGUGUCCCAAAGAGUUGUGGCACUUUGUCCAUCAGUGUUAUGGCAACGAGCUGGGUCUGACCAGUGACGACGAGGACUACGUCCCGCCGGACGAUGACUUCAAUACCAUGGGGUACUGCGAGGAGCUGCCCGUGGAGGAGAAUGACGCCAAUGACGCCACCAACCUCGCCAAAAUGCCUGACGCCAAGGGCGACACCAGCCCCCUGUUGUCCCACAGAGCCUUCCCCAACAACGCCCUACCCUGUCCAAGCACCAUCCAAUCACUCCUCCCUUUUGACUUGGCUGCCGUGGACGAGUUCCCCCUGUGUCUAACCGAUGGCGAACUCCUGACCCUCCAGUUGCCGGGGUUGGACAACCGGAGCAGUGGUCACAGCAGUCCCGCCCCCUCGCCCUCGCUGGACUUCAACGACAACGAGGACCUUCCUACUGAGCUCAGCGACUCCUCCGAGACGCACGACGAAGCAGGGGAGGUGCAGGCCUUCCAUGAGGACCUGAAUGGGAAGCAGUACAUCAACGAGGUGUACGAGUUCAGCGUUGACAAGAUGUAUGACAUCCUCUUCACCGAGUCCACCUUCAUGAGGGACUUCCUGGAGCAGAGACGCUUUUCAGACAUUGUCUAUCACCCCUGGAAGAAAGAGAAAGAGGAGACGGGCAACCAGACCAGAGAGAUCAUGUACACCAUCUCCCUCACCAACCCCCUGGCCCCCAAGACAGCCACCGUUACUGAGACGCAGACGCUGUACAAGGCCAGCCAGGAAAGCGAGUGCUACAUCAUAGAUGCCGAGGUGAUAGCACACGACGUCCCCUACCAUGACUACUUCUACACCCUGAACCGCUAUGUGCUCACCAGGGUGGCCAAGAAUAAGUGUCGGCUCAGGGUAUCCACAGAGCUGCGCUACAGGAAACAGCCGUGGGGGCUGGUCAAGGGCUUCAUCGAGAGGAACUUCUGGAGCGGCCUGGACGAGUACUUCAGACACUUAGAGCUGGAGCUGAGUAAGGUGGAGGUGGUCCUGGCCGAGCCCCACAGACAGUCCCCCAAGGCCAGGUCUCUACGGGCAGGGGCAUUGAGGCGACGGAAACGGCCCCUGGUCCACCUGCGGCCCCCACACAUGGACGAAGCCCUCAGCCCCGUCACCACGCCCGAGGACGAGGAGGAGGUCACCCACCACCACCGCAACAAACACGUGGCAGCAGGUUCCACUCAGACCAGAUACAUCCCGGACAAUGUCCCAGGGGGGCUAGCGCUCUACAGUGUCUCCAAGCUACUCCUCAUCAUCAGCUUUGUGAUCUGUAUAAGCCUAGUAUUGCUGGUGUUUCUGAACAUGAUACUGUUUUAUAAGCUGUGGAUGCUGGAGUACACCACACAGAGCCUGACCUCGUGGCAUGGCCUACGACAACAAGAAAGUAAACUUCCACAGACGCAGCUGGAGUGGGCCCAGCUUCUGGAGUCGCAGCAGCGGUACCAUGACGACGAGCUGCAGAAGUGGAAGGAGAUCAUCAAGUCAUCGGUGAUGUUGCUGGACGAGAUGAAGGACUCAUUACUAAACCUGCAGAAGGGCAUGGGCUUAAGGGAAUAUAACUCUGAAUCGGAGGAGAAGAGAAGUCGAUAUCACUGACAAUCAGACAAUCCUUAGCCACCAGCCAGGACAUUAUGUGCAAUAUCUAACGAACCAUUCAUGGGAAAAGUCUUGGGAAAAGUCUUAGGAAAACAAGAUAAAUAUGUUCACUUGCAAGGCGGCACGGAGGGACGACGACAGGUCUCCCAGUCCGACUGACUGCACUCCCACCGCCCAACGUCUGGCAGAAAGUGACCUCAUCACCACCUCGUUCUCUGAGAAAGUUGUACUGUAAAGUGUUUUGUUUUGUUAGUUUUAAUUUUUUCGUACGGACAAAGCAAAGAUAGAAGGGAUGGAUCGGGGGAAGCAUGCAUUUUUUGUUUCCGUCUGAAAAAAAUAAGACGUUUUCGGUGGAGAUGUGUAUGGAAACCUCGGCAUACUUUGUCUCAGAAGAGCAAAAAAAAAUACUGGAUCAGGGGUUCCUUGUGUUCCUCCGUAGCCUUUUUAGGAACUCUUGGACAAAGUUUUGGAGCUGCAGUAUCCCUUUUUUUACAGACCUUUGGACUCUGGGACCAGGUUACGAUCAUAACGGAACCACAAUCAACGUGCAGUGUUUCAACACAACCCAUCAUUUCUAGGAUAGAACUACCAGGAAUCAAAGUAUAUUAUAAAUAUAUAUAUAUAUAUAUAUAUAUAUAUAUAUAUAUAUAUAUAUGAAUAUAUUAUAAUGACGUAUGUAUUUUUUUGUAGAAGUUAGUUGCAGUCAGGGCAAAUUUUUACCAGGCUUCCAUGGUGUAUCAGGGCAGGUUUCCCUGAAAGCUUGUGCCAUGGCGUUGUGUUUCUAUGUUUGUGUUUGUGUGUUCAUGUUUUCUAAGGCAUGUUCUCUACUGCGUGUAGAGUAGCCCUACCCCUUUGAUUUUUAUCUGUGGACAGGGGAGCUAGCUAUAGCUUUUAGCGGCAGUGAGAAUGUAAUGGAUAACUGGUUACUUUGCUAGCUUGUUAGCAUAUACGGAUGAGAAAGCAGUCAGCUUUUGCAGAGGUACACAAUAGGUUUUUCUCAAUAUGCAUACUACCGUGCUCCACACUGUCAUGCUCCGAGUGCAUUCUCUGUAGACGUUCUCUUGAGUACGUUCUUGUGAGGACGAGAGUGUGGAGAACGCAUAAAACAUCACAUUUGAGAAGCACUCCCCCUACUGUCUUACCUCAUGCUGCACUUCCCUAUUCACUGAACCUACUUCCUGCCAGGACAAUGGCAAUAGAGACUAAACAAGAUAUACACAAAGCAAACGUUUUACUUCAUAACUAUCAGCUAGCUAUAUGUGAAUCGUAAUAAUCUAGCUCACCAGAUAGUUUAACAGGCAAAAAUGACCUAAAACUAAUGUUAUGCAAAGUUGAUGUCAAUUCUUCAUGGGUAGCUAGCUAACAAUUUUCCGUGGAUAUCUGGCUAGCUAACAGUAGUAGCUAGCCAGUUAGCCCUAUUGACUUACUAUGGGCUUGCGAUCUACACAUACUACAGUGGGUUUUGUAGGCAGGUAAACACUCCAAAAUGAGCAUAGCAUGUAUUUAUUAACGUAUCAAGAUAAAAUAUUGUAGUCAGGCAACAUAUGAGAUGUCAGAGUUUAUUUUCUCUCGCUUCAGCUCAAAUAAUGUCCGCCAUUGCUUUCAAGAAAUUGUACGUAAUUUUUUACAUGGUUGCGUCAUAUUUCUGUGCAUACUUUCCGUUGAAACUUGCAUCUAUUCAUGCUUCAAAAUAUGUACAAACAGAGUACGCAUUCGAGAAGUGCCCUCCGUGCUCUGUUUCGCAUACUUUGAUUUGGACUCAUACUCCGACCUUCCUGUGCUCCAAUUUGCGUGCUCGGAGCAUGAUAGUAUGCAUUUUGAGAAACACCCAGCAUUUUCCAAUGAUGCAACGCUCUUCCAGGAACAGGGCAUUCUUGGCCCUAGCCAACCCCAAAUGUUAUAUCAACGUUGUGUUUAGGUUUUAUCCAUACACGUCUUCAACCUUGUCCUUCAGGAAGAUUUGUUUUAGGUUAUGGAUACAUCUAUUAAGUGUUGCCAAGAUUUACGUGUCAACUUUUAUGCUAACGUAUCAUUUUUCAUUUUGGGCAGUAUUGUUGUCAUCUUUUAUUUGGCCGCUUUGUGUUGUAUCAAUUCAUUUGUGACUGUCCUGUAUUGGCUAGAAUAUAAUGUACUUGGGAGUGUACUUUACACAUGCAAUGGAGCUUGAAUGUGUCCCUACCUGCUCUUCAAAAAUCAUUUAGGUUUAUUCACCCAGUUUUCAGCCCAAAUACUGUGAAAACAUAAUGAUCAGUGUUAUGAUAAUGUGGAUGUUAUACUAUGUCACUCUAUGAAACUUCUUCACAGGGCACCUGGUUGUUCAGCUUUUUAACCACAGAGGGAGUGGACAGUAUUUUAGGGAGGGUAUUUCUUCGGAGAGGGACGUGAUUUUACGAAGGGAUACUGCAGCUGAACCGAAAAACAUUGAUUACUCUGAAAUAUUUGAUGAUUAAAACUGUGAACUUCCUCAUUGAAAAAUAUGCUUGAAGCUGGAAAAAAACAAGAAUAACGUAAAUUGUACAGUAUUCAGAGGCAGAUAUUUUGGGAUUUAUUUAUGUACAGUGUAUACGAAAAAUUUAAAAGAAACGUUUGGGGAAACGUUCACCCACCACAGAACUGGAUUCAAAUACAGUAUAAUUUGAAAUAAUUUCUAAUAUUUUGACUGCGCUUGAUUGAGCUUUCCUGGCUUUUAUGGACCAAUAGAAAAGUCCUAAAACUGCAGACCCCGCCCAUUUGGCACUCUAGGCAGGCUAAAACAAACUCAAAGUAUUUGAAAGAUUUCAAAUAGUAUUUGAACUCGGGUCUGACCUACUGAACUCCUCUGUCUUCCUAAAGAUGUCUGUCGUGGGCUAUGUCCUGGCAUAUUGGAUGUGUCAAGUUGACACCGUCAACCAUUCCCACUUCGUUUGUGUUUGUUGAUUUAAAUAUUUAAAAUGCCCAAGAAUGGUAUCUACUGUGGCCAAAACUACAAUUUUAGUAUCUCCCCAUCUGUCUAUGAAAGCAUAUAGCUAUCAAAAUACAUUUUCAUUUCAAAUUGAAUUUCGACAGCUAAACACUUCCAUAUUUGCCUGCCCCCCAUGUAUUUUUAAUUGGCAGGACUCUCAAGGAUUCUUGUGAUGACUUUGGAAACAAACAAAGCCUGCAACCUUUGAUUCAGCCACUAACUGGUAUGUUUGAGGGAUUGGGAUGAAGGCAUAUACAGUGCACGGUGUGCAGAAAUAACAUUUAGGCCAAAAUAAUUAUGUCUGAGUUUAACAACGUUACGCAUUGGGAUACAAUGCUUUAGACAUGGGUCAUAAUCACUAGGAAGCAAACGGGCCAAAACAGUUAGGGACGUACCUGAAUUUCUCCAAUAAUGAAUACGACCUAAUGCGCUAAUGAAUACGACCCUGGACUCAUUAGCCUUGCACAGACAGUGGAUCGUACAUUCCAAAAAGAGGAGGGUUUCAUCUGAAAGAAAAAACAACAAUAUAUGCAAUGGAUUGACACAGUGGGUAGCACUUCAUACAUUAUGAAUGUCAGUCAUUUACAUUAUUGCUCAAUUAUUUUCCCACUCCCUUGCGCUAUGACAUGGUCAAUGUUGCUGAAAUGGCCAUUUGACCUAGUUCAGGUCAAGUUGUUAAGCCUAAUUUUAAGAAUGAUAAUUGAGCUGAGAACUAUUCAAGGCGGAUUAAAUUGUAUUCUUGAGAGAAAGGGAUCAUGAUGAGAUUACAAUGAUUUGUACUGUACCUUACAUUUUUCACCUGUCGACAUGACAAUCAUUUCUGUUUACUUGGUGAGAGGAGUUGAAAGCGGUCAACCAACGUGAGACGAUGUGCAACCAAAAGGUGACCCUUAAAGAUGGAAUCCACAUCAGGAGGAAAAAGAACCACUGGCCGCCCCAUCACUCGUUAUUGAUUUUGUUGCAGAGGAGCGUCGCGCAGUAUGGUAAAGAAAAAUGUGCAGUACUUAAUGUGCUCUUCUAUCACGUGUGCAAUGCUGUUGAGGGGGAAAAACAGUGUUCGUUGUUUGCAGUAACUUUGUUGUUAUGAUAUCACAAAUGGAUGUGGCUGUUUCACCAUUAAGGAUUCAAAGAAAACGCUCUAUUAAUCCGAUGCAAUAAAUAUAUUUAAUGAAUUAUCUAAAAUGUCGAUAGUAAGCUGCCUUCGUUAGGCCCUUGAUGACCCUUCUAUAGAGAAUGCGUGCUAGAUUCCUGUCUCAUUUGAUAUGCAUAGGUGCUUUAUAUUGCAGGAAUGCCUCAAAUGGCCACUGAAAAUGAAAUGGUUAAAUUAUGUUUUUUUAAUAGAAUGGUCAGUAAGCAUGUUUGAGUGUCUGAGAAAACAGACAAAAUAUGUUGCACCCAAAAAGUAGUGUUCUUAAAAACCUGAAACUGAAAGAGCUUUCUUUGUUAAUUUGAAUGACCUGUUCAUGUUUGCCAAAUGAUAGUAAAUUCUAAGGAAUUUAUGAACAAUAUGCACAAUAUAGGUAGAGAAUAGUGUCUUAUAUUGAGCAUGAGACAUAAAUAGCCAAUUUAAAGGAUGUAUUUUAGAGCUUGUGUUUGUGGUUAAGUUUCCAUGGCAAUCUCAAGAAGCCUGACCUCCAAUGCUUUCAAACCCUUCACUUCAGUACACACACACACACACAUGCACACACACACAUGUUCGCUCACACAAGUGCGCACACACCUCAGACAGGUGCAAGUUCUCCAUCUCAGAAACACUUGUUGUGGCAUUGUAUAUCCUCUGUGUGUGCAUACAAUACCUCAUGUUUUUUUAAGUGUUUUGAUCUCCUAUAUAUGACUGAAAUAUUUAUACAGAUAAUACUGUAUGUAUAUGUUGUGUAUAGCUCCAGUGUACACAGACUAGAGAAACCCAUCCGCGCUGGGCGUGGUCUUGGGGGGGAAAACUUUGAAAGAAAAAAAACAUUUGAAAGGCUUUAUUGGUUUGUGGAGGAGUAGAGAUGGAGGGAAUGAAAUAAAAUAUUGGAAAGUA